AUUGGCUGGGCCGCACUGAGACGACUCAACUUCAAGUGCUAUGGAGCAGAAAGGGCCAGCAGGAGAGCAGCAUUUGGUGGGGAAGAAAGAAGAAUUGAUCGAAGCAAAGCGCACUUUCAGAACAUUGGAAGGUCGAGAUGUACUGAUCAUCUACCACCAGGGAGGCUUCUAUGCUCUGGACUCUUACUGUUAUCACGCUGGUGGGAUGCUGCACAACGGGGACAUCGAGGACAUCGAUGGCAAGCUGUGCAUCGUGUGUCCCCGCCACAAGUACAAGAUUUCCCUGGCCAAAGGUGAAGGUUUCUACAAAGCCACUGACCCCACCCAGAAAACCCCCGGGCCCAGAUGGUUCUCCAAAGGAGUGAAGCAGCGAGUCCACACGGUAACGGAGACCGACGGGGACGUCUACGUAAAACUGUCUGGGGAGCCGGGGUGGAUCGACUCGGACUAUUUCCAGGGAGAGGAGGGCAAAGUGGAAAGGGCCAGAGCUGAGGCCCUUGAGAAGAUGACAUCGCACUAAUGGAGGAUGCACACUUCUGUCGCGCUAUGUUUACAUAAAGACUGUAAGUACAGUAGCGCAUGUUAGACCUUUAGUAUAUACCCAUGUUGGAGCUGUGUGCUUUACCAAAUAUGAUCAUGUUCUGUUCAUUAUAAACCUCCAGAAGUGAA